AUGCCACCCAAUAGAGAAAAACCUAAUAAAAGAAAAAGCUUAUCAUUUGCGAAAAAAAGAGAAUUAUGUGAGUGGAAAAGAGAUAAUCCAUCAUAUAAUCAAGAAGAACUUGCUGAAAAAUUUGAUAUAUCAAAACCUCAAGAUUUUAAAAAUCAAAAACGGGAUAGAGAUGCUAAGUUUCCAGAAGUAGAAUCUGCAUUAUAUUUGUGGAUGCAAUAA